CAACAAAUCGUAUUAGAAAUCAAUUAUUUAAUUCAAUACUUAAUCCAUUAUAUCAACAUUGAUCGGUGCCUGUGACACAUUAGUAAAGUAUUUAGAACGUGUACAUUUUCCUUUUAGGAUGAGUAAACAACAACGACAGAAGCACCCGCCUUACUUAAUAAAAAUGGCUAUAGAGAUGGUAACCACAAACCAAAUGUCGCUUAGAAAAGCGUCGAAAACGUACGGUAUUGCAAAAAGUACACUGAGUGACAAGGUCAACUUGAAAACAAACGUCACUCAGAUUUACAAAACCGCAUUGACCCCGGCAGAGGAGAAUCGUUUAGCCGAAUGGGCUGUAAAUAUGGCCAAAAUAGGAUACGGCAGAACAAAAAAUGAGCUGUUGGAAACCGUUAAAAAAAUCAUGGAUAAUGACGGACGUCCUAAUCCCUUUUCAAACAACAAGCCAGGGAAGGAUUGGUACUACGCGUUUGUUAAACGACACCCAGAGCUCGCAAACAGAACCCCAAUGCAGUUGGCUAAAGAGAGGGCCCUCAUAACUCCGACCAAAGUCAAGUAUUGGUUCAGAGACUUUAAGGAUCACAUGGACACCGAGGUAAAGGAUGCUUCAAUAUUUAGUGAUCCGUCGCGGUGGUACAAUGCCGACGAGUCGGGUUUUGCCCUCUGUCCAAAAAGCGGCAAAGUCAUCGCAGCUAAAGGUCAACCAAAUGUUUAUAACUUUACAGCGUCGGACAAAACGCAAAUUACAGUAUUAGCUGCAAUGAGCGCCGUGGGACAUUACGUGAAACCAAUGAUUGUGUUCCCGGGGCAACGCUUCGGAUACGAUCCACUGGAGGGUUUUAGCGAUGCAGCAUUUGGCCGAUCCGACAGCGGUUGGAUGGAUACCGAGCUUUUUUAUACAUGGCUUAGUGAUAUUUUCCUACCUGAGGUGAACGCCAGAGGAGUGAAAAGCCCAUUGUAUUGUUUGUCGACGGACAUUCGACACACAUCUCUUUGGAAGCGAGCAACAUGUGUAAGGAGAAUGGCGUUGUUCUAUACUGUCUCCUCGAACAUGCUUCCCAUCUCAUGCAGCCUUGCGACCUCAAGCUUUUUAGCUCCCUGA